GCAAAGUCAAUUUGGGACGACCUGACGAUAUCCCGUCAAAACCUUGCGUAGAUUAUCAAACUGCGCUCUCUAUAGUACGUCUGAAAGACAAACAGAAAUUAUAUACAUGAGUUAUGCUCAACUAAAAUCAUUUUUGGAUGACCUGAGAAUAUUCCGUCAAAACCUUACAUAGAUUAGCGAAUUACAUAGAUGCUCUCUAAAAGACCUCCCAAAAUCAAUCAUAAGAUAUGCGGGGAUUAUACUUCAUCAACAUCAGUUCCGAAUAACCCAACGAUAUCUCGUCAAAACGUUGUAUAGAUUAGGGUGCUUUCUGUAUCUGGAAGACGAUUACGGAAAGUAUGCGUGUAUACUCCAAUGCGAUCUCUUGGAUUUAUGGCCUGAUUUUAUUAUUAAAUCCCGCUUUUCCUGCUAAUUAAUAUUUUUAACCUAUCAGCGAUCACGCUGGAUUCAACUUUAUCUCAUGCUUUCAUUAAAACAGUAUAUAUACUCGAAAGCUUUUGAAAGCAUUAGAAUUUUCGAUUUUUUUCAUGAUUCCCGAAUUUAUUUUUUUGCAGUUUUUUUUACAGCAUCGACGAGUUCAUCGUACUUAAUAAUGAAUUUCUACGAAGAAUUUGUUAUUACGCGACCAGUAUUCGGUGGGUUAAUAUAUAGCACUACCGCUGAAUCCCAUAUUAUAUUUUGUUAUCCCAAGUCCCAAUAAGAUAACACGUCACAUAGACGUCUAUGAGAGCUCUAAGGAAAUGUGUGUAAUUGAAGGUACGCGAGUGCGCCUUAGUGAGCCGUGACAUAGUGACCGUUACCAAGGGCCUGUUAUACGUGUUGUUUAUUAGCAACACGUAAGGUUCUCAUGUAUGUUUGUAAAAAUUGUGCGGCGAGACUUUCACAGACCAUUUUGCAAAGGUAAGUUAGUUUAAAUCAUCAUUUAUUACUAUUUGACAACAUAAAAAAGUUCAACGCAAUUUUUUCUAUGGUUUGGUAAUUUGAAAGAAAAUGUUUUGAAAAAAAUACAACAAAAUUUAGUUCGUUUUUCUCCUCGAUGAGAUUUAUUUUUUACUUUCGUAAGAUGGAAAAAAAUCCGGUCAUUUCUUAGUAAUUCAUUGGAUUGUACAAAAAACAUUUUUUUAUCGAGAAUGUUUAAACUAUACUUUCUUUAAAAGACGAAGCAAAUAAAAAGCACGCGUAAGGGAAUAUACACGAAAAAAUAUUUUUGGACUGGAGCAUUUUCAUUCAAUGGGAUUUGGUUCGAUGAUGAAAGUUUUUUCUACAUAUGUUUAUUGAUAUUUCAGGUGAUACAAAAAAAACGAUUUUGGGGAACCCUGUGAAAACUUCAACAGGGAUUGAGCCAAUUACGAAAGCGGUUUUGGGUGCCAGAAAAUUUUGGCUCGGCAACGAGAAUAUUCACGUACUGACGAUCAACGAAGAUCACUCGUUACGCGUGGAGCUCAAAGACUUCGAAGGAAUCAAGGGGUAUGAACCAUCAGUUUUUUAAAACAUAAAUCUCUACAUUUUUUUGCACUUUAGUAACUUUAAGCACAGAAUUUGGUUAUUUUCGAAUUCGAAUAUUCACUGCUGGUUCUAAAAAUGUGAAAGCUUCGUUUUAGAAUUGAAAUGAUUAAUGGAAAUCCCACAGAUUCGGUUAUUCUGACACAAAACACCAAAGUGUGUAUAUUUUUUUUUUUCUCGUAGAUGGAAGGGCGUAAAAGAAAACGUGAAACAGAAAUUUGUGAAAGACAACGUCGCAGACGGAUUAACCAAAUUAUAUGCAACUGGGAAUGUGAAUCUUCUUAUGAAGUACCAGAAAUUCAAUGCCCACAGUACUCUAUUUCUGACUCAACACCAAAUUCUCAAAAUAAUGACAUAAUCUGUCAUAAUAAUACGUGUGAUUUUUCAACUCCGUCGGUCGAAAACCAUGCUUCUGUUCUACCAUUAGAUCGCUCUUACCAAACUAAUUUUUAUCCAGAUAGAAAUGAGAACAUUGAUAAUAAUAUCCCUGCAAGUCCAAUUAUAGAAGUUUCUUCUGUAAAAAGCGUGAACGAAAAAUGUGAAGACGUGGAUUUUUUUACUGCCAAAUUGAGAAAGUGGGCUGUUGAAGAAAGAAUUUCGCAUAUGAGCUUGAAGAAAUUGCUACUUUUAUUACGAUCCAUCCCCAGUUUAUCUACCGAAUUGCCUUGUGAUCCUCGAACACUUUUGAAAACUAUGCGGCGGACCGCAAUUCGAGAAGUAUUUCCUGGUCACUAUUAUCAUUUCGGUCUUGCCACAAGUAUACGUGAUGUUUGUCAUAGAAUGAAAAACUUUAAUCUUGAAGAAAUUGCUCUUGCUAUAAAUAUUGACGGAGUCCCGUUGUUUGAUUCUUCAACGGCCUCGCUGUGGCCAAUUUUGGGGAACAUUAUACCUUAUAAAGAAGUAUUCAUGAUUGGAGUAUAUUAUGGACAAAAAAAACCUGAGGACCCGAAUGAAUUUUUAAGUCAAUUUGUCGAAGAAGCCGUUGAAAUUUAUGAAAAUGGUAUUAUGAUAAGGGAAAAACUGUACAAAUUUUCCAUCAAAUUAAUUGUUUGCGACGCUCCAGCAAAAUCUUUCGUUUUGGGUGUCAAAGGCUGUACUGGAUUCCACAGCUGUACAAAAUGUGUAACGAAAGGGAAAACAUUGAAAUAUCGCAGGUGUUUUCCCAAAUUAAAUGCUACGAGACGUACCGAUGCAACAUUUUUGGAGUAUCGCGAUAAGAAAUAUCAUGAGUGCAAAACAUGUUUAGACAAUAUUCCAGGAGUGGGGCUGGUAUCAAGUGUCACUCUUGAUUACAUGCAUCUGAUACUGUUGGGUGUUGUAAAAAGAUUGUUGCUCCUAUGGCUUCAUGGCGAUAACUCUUAUAGACUUGGCCGCUUACAGAUUAAAAAAAUCUCAAAACUGCUCAAAAAUAUAAGGCUCUACAUUCCAAAUGAUUUCGGUCGAAAACCCCAAAGUUUGGAGUUCGUUAAAUUGUGGAAAGCUAUUGAAUUUAGGCAAUUUCUUCUCUAUACGGGGCCAAUCGUUUUACGAAAGGUUUUGUCAGAUGGAAUGUAUAAUCACUUUAUGACCCUCCACGUUCUGAUAAGAAUAUUAUGCGAAGUAGAACAGCAUCAGGAUAAACUCGAUUACGCUGAGAAUCUUGCAAAACACUUUAUCCGAUCGUUCGGAGAAAUAUAUGGUGUCCAUCUCAUAACGCACAAUGUACACGGUAUUAUCCAUUUGGUGGAAGAUGCGAGAAUACAUGGAUCAAUUGAAAAAUUUAGUGCGUUCAAGUUCGAAAAUUUUAUGCAAACAUUGAAAAAAAUGGUACGAAAACCUGAUAAACCCCUGCAACAAAUAGCCCGGCGCUACGGAGAAAUUCAAACGGCUAAAACUACCUGUUCAGAUAACAAUGAGAUCUCUGAUGAUUUGAAUUUAAUUGCAAGUUCUUCUCAUAAUGAAGGACCUCUCCCUGAGAGUUGCUGCAACCCUCAGUAUAAAAUAAUAAGAUCGUCAAAAUUUACUAUCAGGGCUGGUGGGCAAGCCGAUAGUUGCUGUAUUCUUAAAAAUGGUGACAUAUUUACGGUUUCCAAUAUAGCAACUUGUCGAGACACCCAGGAAUUAAUGAUCAUCGGUCGAAAACUCGCAUUCGAAGAUAAUUUUUUUAAUAUUCCCUGCCCAUCAUUGGCUCUAGGAAUAUAUAAAAUGAAAAACAUUAGCAAUCAACAAUUAUCUUUACACCCGCUUAGUGAUAUUAUUAACAAAUGUGUAAAGCUCCCAUACAAAUCAUCAUUUGUUAUCUUUCCUUUUCUACAUACCAAUAACCACUGAAUUUGAGAAAAAAGUUUCUAAUAUUCAGAGAGAACGAUGGAUAAGAAUAAGAAGUAGUCACUUGUGUCUAUGAUAUGAAAAAAGUGCGCAUCUGUAUAUCCACGGGUCAUUUCGAUUCUAUUAUAUUAUUUGGUUAGUUUGUUUUGAUAAUCAUCGGUUGUGUUAUUCAAUAUAAUUUUUUUCAUAAUUCAUGUAUUGAGUUAUAUAAUUUAUUUAGCUUUUGGUGAGAUAUGGACGCUGGACGAUACGUCGUGAUAGAAUUCCAUGACGGCGUCACUCUUGCUCCCGAAAAAUGGUUAACUCCUAGAAAAAAUCAUUGUUAUUGGCCUCCCUACAAAAGCAACUCGAGGACGACAAAAGCAGUCGAAAAUCAAGAGAAUGUUGCUGAAAAUUGGACCCUGCACGAUAUUAAGCAAAUAUUAACAUCGACAAAAACUUAUAAGCGUGGACAAGCGAAGUGUGUGGAAGCGUUACAAAUGUCCGAUAUCAAUACCGAUACAGAUGUCGAAAAGAUUACAACACAAAAAGGACAAAAACCACAAUCGUCUAUUAACAUCUCGCCUUUUCCUUCAUUCCCCUCCGAUGAACAAAUACAACCCACGGACCAUGAUAGCAAUACUAAUGCUAAUGCUCAUGACGAUAUUAACGAAGUAUCGGAAAAUAUGAUGGGACCAAGACGUACGGAUGCCGUGACAAAUAGCACCAAAAGAAAACGAGCUCGUGAUGAAAAUUUAUUUGAUGAGCCAAUUCGAGAAAAAAGACCUUUGAAUUCGAUACCUAACAGUAGCUAUCGCAAUGAUAACAGCAACCAAACAAUUAUGCGAGCAUUGGCUAAUAUGGAUUUAAGAAUAGAAACUAUACUAGCGGAAGUUCGUGAUAUCGCACGCACGUUGUCAGCGAAUACAGCUGAUAAAGAAAUCGAAAAGACGGAAAGCCCGCUUCUAAAAGAUUAUCCUGUGGCAACUGAAGCUUUACUAACCAAAGCAGAGCAUCGUUUAUCGACUGAUCCAGAUUAUCUCAAUAAUUUAAUCAAAGACUUGGCUAUUUUUGUACAAGCUGACGUCAAAAGUACCGUCUCAAAACUGAUGCAGGAAAUUAUGUCCAACUCUGUUGCUGCCAAUUUCAGUUUCCAUGGAGCACAUAAGAAAAAAGCUUUCGCAAAGUUGAAAUUAUACAACGUUUUAUCGAGGUGCACAUUUAACAAUAUGUUUUGCUUCGAAUUCUGGCACAUGAAGGAGUCCAUUUUUUUAUCAUGAAUAUUUAAAUAGAUAUACAGAGACUAAUUGUACAUGAUUAAAAGAAUUGUGAUUAUUUAUUGACGAAAUUCCGUAUUAAAAUGUGUGCUUGUGACUUCUUCGCAUUAUUAUAAUUAAAGAACAAUGUUGACAACAUCUCAGCGGUUGCCUAUUGUUUUUAGAUUCUUUGUCAGUUGCUAAAUAAUUACAAUUCUAUACCAGAAUUAAAUUUACAUAAGUUUAAAAGUACAUAUGUUAAAUAUUCGUCAUAGUUCCCAUCUGAGUGAGAUUUGAAGUGAAAUAAAUCUCUCAUUUUAUAGGAGUCGUCCGAUUCCGGUUCAAAAACCCGGUUGUAACUAAUAAAGACAUUAAUGACCCCAUUAAGUCAUGGCUUCGCCAUGCUCCCGCCCGCUUGGCACGAGAACACAA